CCUCGGUGAGAAAUGACUUCAGCGCCGGAAAGGAAGAAGAGGACGAGCUAAAUAAUCACGAGGUGGGGGACACGAAGCGGUAGUGGCUGGGCUACUGCUGCACAACCCCCCCACACCCUCUCUGGCUCGCUCUCAUCCAUCUCGCCGAUUCGAUUCUUCCACAUCGUUUGGAGGAAUUUGAGGCUCUCGGUUCUGUUGAUCUCGCGAUCUCGCGAAGUGGGCUGAGGGAGUGACCGCAUCUUCGUACUUGCUGCCGGCUCAAAAUGAUCGGGAGUUUUAUCACGAGAAGCCUUGCGUUGAUUCUUGGAUAUGCUUAUCCAGCCUAUGAAUGCUUCAAGACGGUGGAGUUAAACAAGCCCGACAUCGAUCAGCUUCUGUUCUGGUGUCAGUACUGGAUUUUAGUUGCUGCCUUGACUGUCUUUGAGAGAGUGGGCGACAAUUUCAUUUCAUGGAUACCAAUGUACAGCGAAGCGAAAUUGGCAUUCUUUGUGUAUCUCUGGUAUCCCAAAACAAAGGGAACAACUUAUGUUUAUGAAACCUUCUUCCGCCCGUAUGUGGCAAAGCAUGAAAAUGAAAUAGAUCGCAACUUGCUUGAGCUGAGAACAAGGGCUGGGGAUAUCAUGGUCCUCUACUUCCAGAAAGUUGCAAGCUAUGGUCAGACGAGGAUUUUUGAAAUCCUGCAGUAUGUUGCUUCGCAAUCACCCUCACAAUCAUCAAGAACUCGUCCUGUUCAGCGACAACCACAACAACCGAUCCGUAGAACAUCAUCAACAACAGCUGCAAGGGAGCCCACGGAGCAACUUAAGCAGGCCAAAAGUAUACCUUCCAGCCCUACCAAGAGCCAGCCUCAGGAACCCUUAAAGGCAGGUGUUACUCCGGCCGAUGCUGUUGCUACCCAGCUCCCAUCUUCGUCAGGCCUUCCCAGUCAACCCAACACCGAAACCACUACCCUUCAACCAACAGCUGGUGACAAGGAAGCACUGCAGGCUGGUGUGGCCAAUACCACGGACAAAGAAAACCCACAGGAAGAUGCUAAUCCUCCCGUUCAAGAGAAACCCAUCGAAGAAGCCAUCCGUGUGACGCGUGCCAGACUUAGAAAGCGAGCUGCUACCGCUGGUCCAUCGGCCCGCUAAAAGUAUCGCUUGAUUUCUGAUCCAUAUUGGGAAUUAAUUUGUGAGACCAUUUCCAGACACUAUCGCGGUUCCUGUAAAUAACUUGGAAGCAUCUUGAGACCGAAGUUGGUAGACAAGUAGUUUGUGUUUCUUUGAUUUUGUUUUCUUUGUUUUUUUGGCCAUAAACAAUGCGUUGUGGCAUUUCGGUCAUGCAAAGUAGUCAUAAUAGAUUGUCUCUGAAGUUGAAAGUGA